AUGCAGUCGCAAGAUUCUUGUGAGGCUGUUGCCGUCAUUUGCUUAAAUCUAUUUGAAUGCCAUCCAACAACAUUUUCUUCCGGAGGAUUAAAAUGUUGCUGUUGCAGAUGUUGCACAUGCAUAAAUUUGGAUUUUUUGACAACUAAACAUGGUGUUAUAAAAAUAAUGGAAGCAUUUCUGGGAGGAAUAUGCCAGAGUUUGCUGGUGAACUAUGGUCUUAGCCAGGCGGGCGUGAUGGGACAGGCAUUCCACGGAUUCCUAACCUCGGCUUCGGCGUGUUUAUUAACCACGACCAUACUAAUUAUUUGCUAUCUCAUUUCCAGUAGAACGUGCCAGCUAGUACGUCAAUCUAUAUUUGAAACGAUGUUUAACGGAGUAGCCUGUUUUUCAUACCUCAGCGCAUCAUCAUGUUUAGGCUUCGUCGUCAACGUAUUCCUAUACCCGAUAUAUUUGAUCCAACCAGGAUAUUCGGCAUAUCCUGCGAUGACUGCAGUUUAUUAUUUGGGAUGUAUCGCAGGAUUUGUGCACGGAUACGACGCCUACUGUUCAUACCAUUUCUUCAAGGGUAACAAAUAA